AAACAUAAGUGAGGAGACCUGAUUCAAAUUAAAAAAGAACCUCUAGGAUGGUACCCUCGGCCGCCUAUGACGGAGGACUUUUUUCCUCUUCUCUUAAGAAUUUAUCUGAUAGGAACAGGCUAAACAAAAAGAAAAGGGGCUGUUUUUCGUCGGAAUAGGGGCCUGUUGACACAAUCCCAUUUCUUUCUCCCUAUUUUUCCCAUGUAUUUCUUGGAAAAACCAAGGCAAUUGAAUUGAAUUAGCAAGUCUCCAGACUGAUUUACUGGAGCAGGAGAAGUCACAUCACUGAAUCAAUCAUGCCUCAACUAGAUCAAUUCACUUAUUUCACACAAUUCUUCUGGUCAUGCCUUUUCGUCUUUACUUUCUAUAUUGCCAUAUGCAAUGAUGGAGAUGGACUACUUGGGAUCAGCAGAAUUCUAAAACUACGUAACCAACUGCUUUCACACCGUACGAACAACAUCCGGAGCAAGGAGCCCAACAGUUUGGAAGAUAUCUUGAGAAAAGGUUUUAGCACCGGUCUAUCCUAUAUGUACUCCAGUUUAUUCGAAGUCUCCCAAUGGUGUAAGGCCAUCGACUUAUUGGGAAAAAGGAGGAAGAUCACUUUGAUCUCUUGUUUCGGAGAAAUCAGUGGCUCACGAGGAAUGGAAAGGAACAUCUUCUAUUUGAUCUCGAAGUCCUCAUAUAGCACUUCUUCCAAUCCUGGAUGGGGGAUCACUUGUAGGAAUGACAUAAUGCUAAUCCAUGUUCCACACGGCCAAGGAAGCAUCGGUUUUUAAUCUCAUUAUGACUUGGUCGUUCAGAAGAGAUUCUUUCUCGAUCAGAAUAGUGGAAUGGAAGGCACUACAAGAAAGAUAUACUCCU